AUCAUUGAACUCCAUGGUUUUCAUAGAGAUCUCUUGACAUCAAAACUUCUUUCCUUACAUACUUCUCUUAUCCUGUGAAGAUGAAAAUUGACAUCCAUAAUCACAUUCUACCAAAAGAAUGGCCAGAUCUAAAAAAGAGGUUUGGCUAUGGAGGCUGGGUGGAGCUCCAGCACCAAGGCAAGGGAGAAGCAAAGAUGCUGAAAGAUGGAAAGGUCUUCAGAGUGGUCCAAGAGAACUGCUGGGAUCCAGAAGUUCGCAUUAGAGAAAUGGACCAAAAAGGAGUAACCGUGCAAGCCCUUUCCACCGUUCCCGUCAUGUUUAGCUACUGGGCCAAACCUCAGGACACUUUAAGCUUGUGCCAGCUUUUAAACAAUGACCUGGCAGCCACUGUCGCAAGCCACCCCAGGAGGUUUGUGGGCCUGGGAACGCUGCCCAUGCAAGCCCCGGAGCUGGCCAUCGAGGAGAUGGAACGCUGCGUGAAGGAGCUGGGCUUUCCAGGAGUCCAGAUCGGUUCCCACAUCAAUGAGUGGGACCUGAACGCGAGGGAGCUCUUCCCUGUCUAUGCGGCGGCUGAAAGGCUAAAUUGUUCCCUGUUUGUGCACCCCUGGGACAUGCAGAUGGACGGACGGAUGGCCAAAUACUGGUUUCCUUGGCUCGUAGGAAUGCCAACAGAGACCACCAUAGCCGUUGGCUCCAUGAUCAUGGGUGGAGUGUUUGAGAAGUUCCCUAAACUGAAAGUGUGUUUUGCACAUGGAGGUGGUGCCUUCGCCUUCACAGUGGGAAGAAUCUCUCAUGGAUUUAGCAUGCGACCUGAUCUGUGUGCCCAAGACAAUCCAAUCAACCCAAAGAAAUACCUUGGUUCCUUUUAUACGGACUCCUUGGUUCAUGAUCCUCUGUCCCUCAAGUUGUUAACAGAUGUCAUAGGAAAGGAUAAAGUCAUUUUGGGAACUGAUUACCCCUUUCCACUAGGUGAGCUGGAACCGGGAAAAUUGAUAGAGUCCAUGGAAGAAUUUGAUGAAGAAACAAAGGAUAAACUUAAAGCUGGAAAUGCCCUGGAAUUUUUAGGUCUUGAGAGAAAACAAUUUGAAUGACUGAAUUUACUGAAAAGGCAAGCUUUCAAAAAGAUACUUCCUUUUUUUUUUUGAAAUAUAUAUCAUACACAUAUUACUAAAAUCUUACUUUGAACUAUUUUAGAAA